AGAGAGGUGGAGGUGUAACAAUCGCGAGUGUUUGUGACAAUCGGACGUGCAUGCGGCGAGUCGUAUCUUUGGAUAUCGCGAACCGUCUGCACCUCCGUCUGGACGUGUUAACGAACGUCUCGCGGGUAUACGGCCUGUGAUACGCACGCACCGUCUCGUCGUCAACCUUCCGCGAACAUAUGAAAUUGUGGGUGGUCGGCUGCACCGGCGAUAUCCAUUCGUCUGGCCGUUCGGCGACGAUUAACACCUACGUAUACACGGCCUCUGGUGUGUUUGUUAUUUUACAAGGCGACAUGUAUGCGUGCGUCGAGUACAUGCGUCGGUCUUACUCCGUGAGCUCUCACAUCGGUCGAGACCUUGCGACGACGAGGCGUUGCAUUAAUCGCUCGACUCGCGACUUUCGCGGCGAUGAACGGGCAAAGAUUAACUAACGGAAUCGCCUAAUUUUCUUCUUGUCGCGUGCUCUCCGUCGGCGCUGUGAGGGACGAUUGAAAACUACGGGGAUGAGGGGGAGGGAUAAAACGUUGUCCUUCUUAUUAAUUACUCUACCAGUCCACCAUUGUACCACCUACACCCCGACGAGAUUGAUCACGGCGUACGUACCGUGCUUCGUGCACACCGACGAGCGGUGGGUGUCGGUUUGCCUCGUAAUUUGAUCGCGGUUUGACAUCACCUACCCUGGUGUACACGCGUACCUACCGAAUCGUUGCCAAUGAAAUCAAUGGAUAGAAACGCGCGCGCAUUUACGCUUAAAUGAUAUCGUUGGUCCUUCGUUAGAUAUGCGACAGUCGCAGCUGUUAUAUUUUCAUUUGUCACUUGGUACGACGAUCUAUGCACGGUACGUCCUCCCGUCCCUCCUCCUCAGUCUAGUUUGUAUAGUUGGAAAUACUCGGCGGAUUUCCCGCCUCGGGGCUUCAUCUAGGACACGGUGUCAAGGUCGCGCUCGCUCAACAAGUUUCAAUUCCGAUAAGGCUCUUGUGAUAUAUACGUAUACGUGACAAUAAUGUAACAUAUCAUACCUAUGUAACAGGGACUUGCUUGCGUCAGACACGGAGAACGUGGUUUUCAAUAUUUCUUUACAGCGUCGAGGUUUGAUACGGGAGCGCCGUGUCGUACCGAACAACUUACUCCGCUUAUUAAUCAUUUGAAGUUUACACCGAAAAACUCGAAAAGUCUCACGCAAUAAUAAUUGAGGCUUAUUCAAAGAGCCGGGACGAUGAGAAAUCCGUCCGCAGCGCGUAUAACAAGACACGUAAUACGUGUGCGUUUGUACACGCGUAUGCGAUACGCGAAUAUUACAUGUAAUAUAUACGUAUACGUACAGGGGAAAUGAAAAUAAAAUAUCAAAAUGAAAAACAAUGUUACCGAAAGGGGUGUUUUUUUUAAAUUCAUUUAUUUAUUUAUUUUAUUUUUUUGCCUUUAAUCUUUUUUUAAAUUCUAUCUUGUUCGCGAAACUUUGACAAAUAAUAUUUAUACAGUUUAUAAAUUGCGAAAAAUAUUGAUGUAUUUACAUAUCUUGUAAGUCGCGAGUUGCCACUGCGAGCGUCGGUUGGUCCCGCGUAUAUGUCUUUCCGUCUAUGACCACGUAUGUACAAACGCGCGUGUACGUGUAAACACACACACACGCAUAUACACAUGUAUAUGUGUGCGUGUUCUUCACGUAUGCAAUGCAUCGUGUAUCCCCAGCUGCGCGCAACCAACUCUGGCAGUAACGGUGCGCUGACUACCUAACGCGGCGUAAAAAUUAGCGAUAAGCGGACCUGCGCUGCCUCGCCUCGGAGUGCAUUCUCUCGAACGCAAGACAUGCGGUGCUAACCGAAAUAUUACUUCGGGAGAAAAAGAAAAAGUAAAGUUGUGGGGGGAUGAACGAGGAUGGUGGAAGAUAAUGUAGUGAAAGUGAAGAAGUUGUCGGUUUAAAUGCAACAGUUUCACCCUGCGCAAGAGGAUAAGCGACACUGACCGAGAAAGUGGCGUUGCGUGAAAAGAGAUGGUGAAAAAAUGUUGCUGGUUAAUCUACGUCGGAUGAUCAAGAACAGUGCGAUCGGCGAUGUUUCUUUAUACCCCUACGAAGGUGAUGAACUCGUUGUAAUUAUCGGUGACGCAGCAGCGGCCUUGAGGAAGGAAAUCGCUUCCGCCUAGGUGCAUACAUACAUAUAUAUAUACACACACACAUACGUACGUGAUGUACGAGGCAAACGAGGAUAACAACAACAAGAUGUGGCCACAACAGCAGCAUCAGCAUCAACAGUUUAUGGGGCCCGUAGCGCCCCCUCAGCGUCCGGCUCCUCGUCAACAACUCGAGACCUCCUCGUCCUCCUCUUUGCACCAUCGCCAUCACCACCACCACCACCACCACCAUCACCAGCAGCGAGAACUCGAAGCCUCCCCUCCAGCCAACCACCGGCUCGAUAAUCACCUGCCUCCCCAACAGAUUACCCAUCAACGUCACGGGGUCGUGGAACUACCCGCACCAAGCAAUCCCAGAGCAUCGCGAAACAUGGCGGAAAAACAACGUCGGGACAAUUUGAAUACCAACAUCUCGACGAUGGCAUCGCUGGUGCCGACUGUCGCCGGAAGCUCGAGGCGGAUGGACAAGAUAUCGAUACUCCGACUAUCGGCAGCAUAUUUAAGGGCCUAUUACACGUUGGGCUCGGGAUCGGUCAAGUUUCUUCCCCAACAAUUCAACGAUUUGGAUCUCGAACAGUAUAUAAUCGAAAACGUGGUCGCAAACGCUGGGUUUUUCCUCGUGGUCACGACGUCGGGGAAAAUCGUCUACAUCAGUCGACAAGUCGAGGAUCAGCUUGGCCACGCGCAGCACGAGCUGCUGGGCCAGUCGUUGUACACCUUUGUAUGCCCCGAAGAUUACGCCGAAUUACGGAGCGGACUGACCCCAGACGAAACCCAAACUUCUACCUCGAACGCGAUACAGGCGAACGACGAGACCUCGAACUCAUCCGAGGAGUCGCAAUCCCCGAAGACGGAAAGACAGUUUACCGAACAACGCCGGAGCUUCAGCAUACGGAUGUCACAGAAAGCCCUGAACAAGAGGGAUCACGGACAGUACGAGUGCCUGCAGAUAUCCGGGCUUCUCAGGCUUGCGGACGCAUGUGGGAACCAAUCGAACAACAACAAUAAUAAUCGAUCGAGACCUCGAGAAAUCAACGGGACCAGCAACGACAUAAUUUUCGUGGGGAUCGCACGGCUCGUGAAACGACGCACGAUAACAGAACUGUCUCUGCUCGAGGCAACGAAGGAUGAAUACGUGACGCGGCAUCUGAUCGAUGGGCGCAUAAUAUUCUGCGAUCACAGAAUCUCUGUCGUGGCUGGUUACAUGGCAGAGGAGGUAUCGGGACUCAGCGCGUUCAAGUUCAUGCACAAAGAAGACGUCAGAUGGACUAUGAUCGGGUUACGACAAAUGUACGAUCGAGGGGAGGGAUUUGGUUCGUCGUGUUACAGAUUAUUAUCGAGAACUGGUCAGUUCAUCUACCUCCGUACCCAUGGUUAUCUCGAAUACGACAAGGCUACGCAAAGCGUCGAGUCUUUUGUCUGCGUAAACACGUUGGUUACGGAAAAAGAAGGCAUCGAACUAGUGCGGGAAAUGAAAAACAGAUUCUCAGCAACUGUUUCUGGUCCGGCUAAAGUCGCAAUUCCACUACCAAGUUCGAUCACGCCUCCGGUUCAAGACUCUCAGUGGACGGAUCCGAAACUGACGGUCGAAGACCCCGCUCAGCUCGAGGAUGCUGUGAAACAAUUGAUAAGUAACCUGCCGUCUCCCGCGUCCGGUAUUUCGGCCUCACCUUCCCCGAUAACGCAUAAUCAAUUCUACAAAGCUGCGGUGUACUCCACGAAAUUGCCACCGGCCUCUAUUCAGGCCCACAAGAUGGGGAUGAAAUCGCUGCAGCUUAAUUCACCCUCGGACGAAGAAUCGAGUCACGUCCUAACCGACGGUCAUGAGACGAGAGAAUACAGUUCGGCACAGACUGAUUCAGCAUCGAUCGACGAGCCGCAAUGCGACAGAGACAUCGAUGAUACUCGGACGUCAUUUUUGUAUACGCAGACAAACACGACGGUUGAAGAAUCACUGGGUGAAUGUGAAACGGAGGACAUAGUAUUGGGACUCGGUGACGAUCGUUUUGCGGAGGAGAAGCCGAAUUUGGAAAAGAAUAUUCAUAUGACGGAUGCCAAUCGUAACCUGAGUUUGCAGAACUGUGGAGCGGCUGGGUCUAGAACAUCCGAUAAUGUACGAGAAAAACGGGUGUCUCGUAGAAGGGCUACUCAUGGCGCAGUAGGAAAGGUGCAGAUGGACAAGUGCAACAAGACGAUUCGGACGAAAAGCACAGGAACAGCGUCACACAGAACACACGAGGCAGUCCGGGAUGCGAAUAGUUCGUCGAACAAUCGUUGCAUAAGACCAGACUCUGCGCGAAAAUACUCGGGCAGUAAUUUCGACGAGAAGAUUUUGACCGACGAGACACAGUACACGAGAAAAAGGUCGAGAAGCAUCGAGGAGGUGCCCGUCUCCGUCUCGAAGAGAAAAACUAACAAAAUGGGCUCGGCGUCGAGCAGUAACGAUUUCGUGCUGAGCAACGAAGAUAUUAAUUACUAUCCAACCGUCGGAUCGCCUCUGAUUCCAAGGCUCGACGACAACGAAUUAGGCGAAUUAAGCGGCGAAGCAAACUUGAUCAGUGAUAUUGUUCUGGAAUCGGAUGCGGGAUUAUCGAGAGAAUUGGCGACCGCAUCGUGUUUGCCCUCGAUCGACGGUUAUCAGCAGUCGAACACCGGGUUCUCAUGUUCGUCGGUAACGGGCUAUCAGAUUAAUGAGUUUCACGAUGAUUACUCGGGAGACGUCUUGAGCCCGAGCUUGGACGUUGACACAGAAACCAUUGACGAGGCACACAUUAACGAAUUUACAGCCUGCAAUCAAGCUGUGAACGAAGAAAUCCGAAAGACGCAGUUUCAACUGGAACAAAGCAUAGCUCUCAGAGAAUCCCAAUUGAGCGUACUGAAGCGUGACUUGGAUAACCCCGCACUACUGGCUCAAAGAAAAAACUUGAAACAAAUAGAGGCUGAGCAUAACGAGACCAAACAAAUGCUGAUAACGCUUCAACAAGAUCAUUAUAACUUGCAGGUCAAUGUGCAGCAAAACAUCGGAGUGUGAGAAUGAAUGAAGGAGAAUGUUAUUUUAAUUAACGCUGCAGCAAAGUUUGCUCACAUUUCUUUGGUAAUCUGAAAUGAACUCAGACACCUCCCCACCCCCCUCGCUCCCCUGCUACCCAUUUCCUAUCCACCAAUAAUUU